UAAAACAAUGUAGUAUAGUACUAUUCUCAGAGUACCAUAACGGCGCAGCCCCGCGGCCCCAGCCAUGCCCCGCCCCUUUGCUCACAGCCAAUCGGCGGCGGCGUCUCCAGAGCAUCCGUUCCCUCUACCUCUGCGCGCUCCUCUCCCGCCGCCGCCCCUUUCGGGGAGGCUGUCCCGUCUUGGAAGAGAUUCCCUGGAGAAGCCCCCAUUUCUUGGGGAGAAACUGAGAGCCGGAAGGUGCACCCGAGUGCCGAAAAGCGCUUUGAGGUUGAUCCCGAGUUCGAGGACCAAGCCUGCCCUCUAACCAUUUUACAGAUGGGGAAACCUGAGGCCCAAGGAAGGGAAAGUCCUGAUUAAGGUCACCCUGAGCCGAGAGCAGAAGCCCGGGCCAGGGUUUUCUCUGUGAAGAUGGGUCUGCGGGUGGGCGCUUUUGGAGGGGGGCACAGUCCAUGUGGGUGCUGGGGCCAAAGCCGAGGCACUAACGGUGCUGGCUAGGGGAUCGUGAGUGCGUGAGAGGCUGGACUCCUCGCUGCCUCAGUUUCCCCAGCACUACCUCUGGUGGGGGUCGGGAGACAAGGCAACUUGCCAAACGCGACUGUCCUUAGGCUGUCCCCGCACCUCCCCAAGUCUGACGGAGGCUCCUUUCUGCGCGCUACCUCGCAGCUCUUGAAAAUCCAGUCCUCCCGUUCGAGCCUGUCGGCGUUCUAUUGGAAAGACCUUAGGCUUUUGGUCUCCACUCUAGAAUGAACUGUUCAGACUGCCGCGGGAAGCGUUCCUGGAGCUAUAACUGCGCAGGCGCAAGGACAGCCAACCCGGAAGGCGGAAGAGCCGGUCGUUUCGCAGAUUCGCACGAGCUGUCAGAGCUGGUGUACUCUGCCUCCAACCUGCUCGUGCUGCUCAAUGACGGGAUCCUACGGAAGGAGCUUCGAAGAAAGUUACCUGUGUCCCUGUCCCAGCAAAAGCUGCUGACAUGGCUGAGCGUGCUGGAGUGCGUGGAGGUGUUCAUGGAGAUGGGGGCUGCCAAGGUGUGGGGCGAAGUGGGACGUUGGCUCGUCGUUGCCCUCAUCCAGCUGGCCAAGGCUGUACUGCGGAUGUUCCUGCUGAUCUGGUUCAAGGCUGGUCUCCAGACCUCACCCCCCGUCAUUCCGCUGGACAGGGAGGCCCAGGCACCGUCGCAGGAUGGUGACCGCAGCCCGGGCAGCCAGGAGCAGUCAUAUGUGGGGAAGCGGUCAAAGCGAGUGGUGCGAACUCUCCAGGACACUCCGUCCCUGCACUCAAGGCACUGGGGAGCCCCCCAGCAGCAGGAGGGACGGCAGCAGCAGCACGAGGAGCUGAGCAUCACCCCCACCCCGCUGGGGCUGCAGGAGACCAUCGCAGAGUCCUUGUAUAUUGCCCGGCCCCUGCUGCACUCCGUCAGUGCUCAGCCUGGGCCUAUGGGGUCAGCGGUCGUGGACACCCUGGCUCCUGUCUGGUGUCGUGGAUGUGACCAGCCUGAGCCUCCUGAGCGAGAGGAAGGGCCUGACCCGGAGGGAGCGGCUGGAGCUGCGGCGCCGGACCAUCUUGCUGCUCUACUAUCUGCUGCGCUCCCCGUUCUACGACCGCUUCUCCGAGGCCAAGAUCCUCUUUUUGCUCCAGCUGCUGGCAGACCAUGUCCCAGGCAUUGGCCUGGUCACAAGGCCACUCAUGGAUUACUUGCCUACCUGGCAGAAAAUUUAUUUCUACAGUUGGGGCUGACAGACAUUCCACAAUUGGGGUGUGGGGAAGGGCAGGGGGUGCCUCAACCCUUCAGUCCCCUGGUCCCCUCUGCCCUAAUAAAACUGACUCUGGCAGUGUCCAAGCCUGUGACCUUUCCAUGCCCACUGCCCAGGGUGCCUGGCGCUCCCACCCUGGCCAGGCUCUGCACACAGCCCUGGUCACCACUAGAUCUCCCCUAAUAGCCUUUUGACUUUGCAUCCUCCAGUGAUGGAGACACAAGCCUGCACCUUGUCACUGAGCUGGGAAGCCACCGCUAGGACUGGGACCUGGGCUUCUCCAGCCACAGAAAGCUGGCGUUUCUCCUCACCGAGCAUGGGAACCUGCCUGCCACCACAGCUGCGGGAGUGAACGCUGCUUCUCUCUCACCGGUCCCUACUGACGACAAACGAGGCUGAACCUAGACAGUGGAUGACAGCUGCCCCUGUGUCUUCUGGCCGGAGCCUCUGUCUGCCCCUCCCCCUGCCGGGGCCUGUUGCCUGCCAGCCGCUCUGUGGUGGAGCCCGGUGAUGGUGGGCCCGGCUCAGUGCAGAGCGGCACCUCAAGUCCUGAACUCCUGCUUGAGAGCAAAAGGCUGUUCUGCUGUGGGAAAGGAGCGUCAGGCACCAGCCAGCAUUGGGGCUGACACCGGGGCGGUGGUAAGGUUGGCAGGGAUGGGAGCCUGAGAGGCUCCGGGGAAAGCCGGGUGCAGGUUCACGCGGUAUGAGCUGGGGUCUCCCCCAUGUUUUCCCUGGUGGCCGGGCCUGCGGUGGAGCCAUGCACGCUGCUGGGGAUGGUAGAGGGGUUUGGAUGGUGCAGCUGCUCUUUCUGCCUGGACUUCCUCCUUCCUCGGCCUUUGCUGCCUUUGUGCUGUGAGCAGACCACAUGCUCCUGCUCGAGUUUCUAGCCAGACGGGCAGCCAUUUAGGUUCUAAGAGGGCUCCAUCUGCACUGUGUUGGCUCUGCCUUAGCUCCAUCCCGGGAGGGGCCGGCCCUUCCCUGACUGCUUUCCCCAAGUGCCUCUUGAGAAGCCCCACUCAGGUCCUGGCUCGGGGAUGAAGGUACUGAGCCUUCAGGCGGUCAUCACUCGAGACCCGUGACUUUGGGUUGCCUAGCAGGCGUUGCUGGGCACUUGCCGUGUAGUGGGCUCUGUGCCUUGUGAUGUGCGGUCAGAAAUGAGUCAGGCCCAGCUCCUUGCCCUCACUCUUGACGAUAGGGGAGACAGAUGUGUGGACGCAUCAGUGCCCUGGGUUAUUGCAGUAGGUGGAAGCGUGCAGGGAAAGUGGUCAGAUUGGAGCCGUGCAAGUGGGGCUGCCUGCCCGCUGGGACCAGCCGGAGGGUAUGCUGGUCAGGGAACCCUCCAUUUAAGCAGGCUUUUAAACUGGUAAAACUUCAUCUGUUGGGCACUGGGCAAACUGGGAGCAGAGGCUGCGUGUGCAGAAACAGCAUGCGUAGUGUUGCAGUGGGGUGAAGCCCCUGCUGGAGCGGAGGGGAGUCGGUGGGAGCCGAGGGGAUGAGGUUGGAGGGGGAGGUCAGGGCCAAAUCCACUGGGCUGUCGAAUACCAGGCAAGAAACUCGGACCUGCCUUUAGGAGGCGGUGGGGAGGGGACCUGUUUCAAAACUCAGCACUGGUGGUGUGCAGGGUGGCCCGUGAGUAGGGGUGGAAAAUGGAGCAGGACGCUGUGGCUGGAGACCUGCCACAGUGGAUGGGGCUGAAUGAAGACAGUGGCAGGAGGGAGAGGGGUUUUGGUGUAACCUAGCCAGGCCAUGGGGACUGGUUGUGGAUAGAGAGGAAGAGGGGGGCGUCUCGGAGGCAAGGAAAUGAGGGGUUUGGAGUUAGGCAGAGCCAGAGCGUCUGGAACUUGUGGUUCCUGGCCGGGUCGGGGGGGUGGGGGGUGUGGAGGGAACCUUGGUGGGGACAGAGGAUGCUGAGUAGGCUUGUGGGAGCCAGCCGUGUCCAGGACACAGAAAGAGAGGUGGUCAGUGGGAAGUCAGCGUGUGGCUUCGAACAUGAGCCAGGUCCACACCGUGUGAAUGGGGGCCGGGCAGGAACCAGAGGGCUGCACGGCCUUGCUGCAGGCCUGUGAAGAGACUCGGUCUCCAGCCUACCGUCACGCUGCAUUUAUUCAUUCAACAAGUGUUUACCGAGCACCCGCUGGGUGUCAAGUACUGGGCUUCCUGUAGUCCCUGCCCUCGGGAAGCUUAUGCUCGAGGGGACCAGGUCCCAGGCUUUGCCACCUAACCUGAAAUCCCUGUCAGCCUCAGGGGUGGUGGCAGGGCCUGUGGCGUCCCGGGGCCAGGCUCUUCUAAGCUGCGGGGAGCGGCGUGGGGAAGGCCCUCAGAGCAGGCUCUGCUCAGUCGCCUGCUCUGGGCCCGCUAGCUGGCAGGACCUUCGUGGGAUUGCGGAGGCACGGGAGGGAGAGUUGGGGCAGUGGUGGGGGCGGGAGGAGGGGAUGAGGCUGAGUGGGAGCAGUGGGGACUCCAGGUGUGAGGGUUCGGUGACUGUGACCUCGGCUCAGGGCCUCCUGUGUGCCAGUCCCUAGGUACACACGUGUGUACCUUGCCUCACAGGUGAGGGAGCCGAGGCCCACAGAGAUGAAGUGAUGUGUCCGCCUAGCAAGAGGCGAGGUCAGGGUCCGAACUGAGACCUGUGCCCGUAACCAGUGAUGGCAGCAACACGGUGUGGUGUGGCCCCUGCGGGUCCAUAGCCUCAGUAAAAUCAAACCACCAACCUCAGCGUGGAGGUUUCCAGCCUAGCCCCGGCGCUGGUGCUGACGCGGAGCCCCGGAACGCGCGCCCUUUGUGAGGUGGCCCUGGGAGUUGGCAGCAGGUUCUGUCCUGCCGGGGGAGGGGCGGGCAGAAGCCUGGAGCAGGGACCCAAGUCGAAGAUGGUUCUCGUUCUCGCCAUGCUGGGGGCUCUGUACCCCAGGGCCGCGCUGAGCCGCCGCCUCCUCAGCCUCAUCCUGGCGGCUGCGCUCCUCUGCCCCAAGGCGCUAAGGUAACUCCUGGGGACACGGGGUCAGGGCUCAACAGGGCCAGGGGCCUGGAAGGUGGGGACUCUGCAGUGCGGCCCCACCCUGGCCCGUUUCCCCCUCUGCUGGGAGGCGGUGGUUUCCCUUUGGGGCCUGGGCUGAGCACCCCACAUCUCCCGCAGGCCCCAGCGAUCUGUUCCUGAGGAAUUUUCAGCCCCCCUGGAACUCUUGGAGCCACUUUCUGGCCUGGUGGACGGUAGUAUCUCCUCCUUCCCCUACCCCUUCCCCUCCUCUGCCCCCAGCCCUACCUGGUGGGGGAGAGAUGCCCUAGGAGAGGGCGCCCAGGUCCAGCCUGAGGGCCUUCUCGUCCCAAACGGCAUCUGCCUGGGGACGUCUUCAGUGGACGCAGAACAGAUUCUCCCUCCCACUCAUACUCUCUUCUCUCUCCUUAGA